AUGAAUGUGUAAUGUGUGAUCGUUAUGCUGUUAAAUGACGAUUCUCAUUAAAGGUCCGGCAAGCAAAACCGAUGAGAAAAUUAUGAGAUUCGCGGAAAUGACGGAGUCUGCCAAUUCUACCUCUCGUCGCAUGACGUCGACCAAGAGACGUCGAAUUCCUUCAAGUUCCCAUGUAGACCCCGUGUAUGUUACUCCCUACAAUUUGUGUAACACUACAAAACGACCGGAAGUAUUAACAAAGGCAUUGCGAGAAAUAAGAAACUGGAAGUUGCAAUUUAUCUAUGUUCAAUUAAUCAUAGCCACAAAGGAAAAGUCGAAAUAACAGGGAGAAGACACGACACCAAGGCAACAGACGGCAAAGCGUCCGUGCGAGACGUUGACCGGGUUCUCGCGACAGAAACAAUCCCGGCGAUUGCACAAGAUGAGAAAUCCAAAAGAGAUUUGACGAGCGCCGAGUCUGUGUCGGAACGGGCGAGAAAGAGGACUUCGGUGACUUCGCAGGAAGAUAUUCAAGAGAAGGAUAUCGUAGGGAGGGAAGAUAUAUUGUUGACAAACGAAGAGAGAGCAGAAGAAUCGGUUAAAGUGGAAUAUAUCGACGGUUUAAUUGAGAGGAAUAAAGGAGGGGGAGAAGAAGGAAUGAGAAUUUGGCAGCAGUUCGUGUGUACAAUUGAACAGGAGAACACAGCGAAGAUGAGACAAUCGCCAAAACCAUCGAUUUUCACGGAAGCGAGCGCUACGCAGAUCACAUCGUCGGCCGGAAGAGCGAAAUCUAAAAUGUUUCCGUACUUGAAGUUGAACAAAGUGGACCCUGUCGACAAUACAAAUAUAUUUGACGAGAAUCACCUCAACGGGAGACAAAGGCACGAGGCGUCAGACGCAACACACGCUGCUAAUCGAAUGGCUAGAGGAGUAUAGAACAUUUAUGUUAUCAAACAAUCAAGUGUUAGGCCAAAUCAAAUUUAACAUUUGCUUGUACGUAUUUCAGGAAGGAUCCACUGAAUUGCCGAGUCCUAUGGAACAUCAAGUGAAAGACGCCUGCUGUUCCUUUUGCGAGCGACAGAAGGUUUCCACGCCCACUUCGGAUAAUUAUAGAUAUUAUAGUGUUUGUAUGGAUAAGAAGAGAUACUUCUGCGAUUCGUGCGCACCGUUAGAUUGUAAAAAGGUGAUACGCAAGAUUAACGUUGCGCAUACGAAGGGGCUGCAGUGCAGUAAUUGUGGAGUUUCUCUUCAGGUCAUCGAAGCUAAAGUCCCGUUGAAGUCGACGGUUUACCCGAAGUGCGGCCGAUUGCAAAAACACACAGCUUCUCAUUCUUCCAUGUGAAAUAUCAUGAUUUCGAGGAGACAACGUUAUUAUGCGACACAACGACAAGAAAAGCAAUGGUCAAAAUUUCUUAAAAAGAGAGAGAAAGAGAGAGAGAGAAAAAUUUAUUCCUUACAAUAAUUUUCGUUAUAAACAGCGACAAGGAAUACACAGCCUCUUUGUUUCCUUCGUAGACAUGCGUGCGAAAACAAAUGUAGGAAUAGCAGCACUGAUUGUGUUGUUGAUUAUUGACUUGUAAUUAAUACCAUCGGAAGAACAUGAUUCGUACCUCAUAGCAAUAUUCUUCGAAACACGAUUGUUCUGACGCAUUAUUUGUAAUACGCUUGUCAUUGCGAUACUACUUAUUGUCAUUUUGUACGAUUCUCAAGUUCAGUCUUGCAUUUUUAAAACAUAGCAUGAUAAGUGUGUGUUUUGCAUAACUUCUGAUCACGUGUCUAUUGAAACUUCCCUCUCACUUGAAACGUGUAUUGAUGAUAAAAACAUGACGAUAAAAAAUCUGAGACUCUUAAAAACUGUCGAUCGUCCAUAGAUGAUACAUUUUGCUCUGAAAUGCAGCAAGUAUCGAUAUAUAUAAUAAGUACCAAACAAAAACCGAUUAUUCGAUCCAAUGAAACUUAAUCUGCGUCCGCAGUCUUGUAAACAUGCUCUCGCAACGAACCACGAUCCCGUAAAAAAGGAAAACGUAAACACAUGCCUACGAUGAUGCGCAGUUUCCAAAAUAGUGUAUUUGUGUGUGGGUGUGCGGGUGUGUAACGUAUAAUAGUUAUAUAUAUCAUUACUAUUAAAAAGCUAUAAAAUAUAAAACUAGUGAGUUGUAAAUUAACAAAGUCGCAACGAGUUUAACGGGACUUACU